AGAUGCGCUCGCGAACAGACUUUGACGCAGAUAAACGCGGUGAGACUGAACUCAGACUUUUAUAAAGACUUUUAAAACAGAUAAAAACAGUUGCUGUAUCUUUGUGGCGCGUUUAUCCAGUAAAGCGUGUGUUUGUUGCCUCGGACGGUUUAAACACUUCGGUGGUUCGGUUUGUUGUUAUUGUUUUGAUGCUAGGUGGCUAAUGCUAGUCGGUAAACGGGCGUACAACGGCUGUAGCGGUGAUGAAGUCGCUUGCAGCGGCAGAUACGCGGUUGAAUCGGGACUAACGUGCAUCUCCCCGGUAGAUGAAUGUGUGUAACCGGAGUUGGCUUCACCCAGUGAUCCGUUAGCGCCCUAUGGAGCGGGCUGACCGGGGGAAAGACAGCAGGUUGCUGAAGAACCAGCCGUACGACGAGAGCCUGGAGGUGAUCGACUCCGAGGAGGUCGCGAGCGUCUACAGCCCGACUCCCCGCAGCCAGCGGCAGAGGAGCAGCACUCGGAGCAGGAUGGAGGAGCAGCGGAGUAACAAGGUCCCCAGAACAGAAGCAGCAGGCUCGUCCUCUCAGAAACGGAGCAGAAGAGAGGGACUCAAAAGUCACAGCUGUCAGCACUGUGACAAGUCCUUCACAACAUCUGCAAAUUUAAAGCGUCAUCAGAGAGUUCACACUGGAGAGAAACCUUAUAGCUGUGAUCAAUGUGGGAAAGCUUUUAGACAACUUGUUCAUCUAAAAACACACAAGCGUAUUUGUAUUUUCUCCAAAUCGAGUUACCUAAAAGUUCAACGUAUUCAAUCCGGAGAGAAACCAUUCAGUUGUGACAAAUGUGGGAAAGCUUUGGCGAAUUCAAGCAACCUUAAAAUUCACCAACGCACUCACACUGGAGAGAAACCUUACAGCUGUGAUCAAUGUGGGAAAGCUUUCGUGAAUUCAAGCAACCUUAAAAUUCACCAACGCACUCACACUGGAGAGAAACCUUACAGCUGUGAUCAAUGUGGGAAAGCUUUCACUUCAUCGAGCGACCUUAAAAUCCAUCAACCUAUUCACACUGGCGAGAAACCUUACAACUGCCACCAAUGUGUGAAAGCUUUCACAAAUUCAAACGACCUUAAAAUGCACCAACGCAUUCACACUGGAGAGAAACCAUACAGCUGUGACCAAUGUGGGAAAGCUUUCAGCGCAUCAAGUAGCUUAAAAAUGCACCAACGCAUUCACACCGGAGAGAAACCAUACUGCUGUGACCAAUGUGGGAAUGCUUUCAGCACAUCAAGCAGCCUAAAAAUACACAGACGCAUUCACACUGGAGAGAAACCAUACAGCUGUGACCAAUGUGGAAAAGCUUUCGCCUCUUCUGGAAAAUUAGUAAUCCACCAACGUUGUCACACUGGAGAGAAACCAUACAGCUGUGACCAAUGUGAGAAAGCUUUCGCCUCUUCUGGAAAGUUAGUAAUCCACCGACGUGGUCACACUGGCGAAAAGCCGUAUUGGUGUCAGCAAUGUACGAAAAUGUUCACCUCCAGUAGUUCAUUGAAAACACAUCAAUUUGUUCACACUGCAGAGAAACCAUACAGCUGUGACCAAUGUGAGAAAGCGUUCUGCUCUUCUGGAGAACUAGUAAUCCACCGACGUGGUCACACUGGCGAAAAGCCGUACUGGUGUCAGCAAUGUACGAAAAUGUUCACCUCCAGUAGUGCAUUGAAAGCACAUCAAUUUGUUCACACUGCAGAGAAACCAUACAGCUGUGACCAAUGUGAUAAAACAUUCUCUCGGAGUAGAUACCUUAAUGUUCACCGACGCAUUCACACUGCAUCGUCUUGAAUCUUUUUUCAGGAGCAGCUAGCUAAUAACCAAGCUGCGUAGGUUCGUUUUACGAUGUAAGAUCUACACAUAGCUGCGUAACUAGGCUACAUCUAUGCUACUCUCUAUACUAGUCAUUUUUAAACACUUUGAGAAACACUU